AUGGGGUUUGGAGAUUACAAUUCGAUAUGCGAGAAGACGCCAUUGCCUUUGUGCCUCCUGGUAGGCCCGGCCUCAUCGAUUUCCGGGGCCACAGGGAUCGUGUCUAACUGUUAUGCGCGGAAUAUCGAGCUCGCCAAUACGAUGAUAUUUCAGGGAGCUGCCGCAUUCAUGCAUAUCAUGGCACUCAAAAUGAUAGUGAUGAUGAUAUUACAUAUUCGAUCGAAGUUCACCGCUGUUGGUCGCAAAGAGAUUGUCACUUUCUUCUAUCUCUACUUCGCUCUGACUGUCUGUUCCCUGAUAAUUGAUGCCGGUGUGGUUCCACCACGAAGUGGUCCAUUUGCCUAUUUCGUGGCAAUACAGAAUGGCUUGGUCUCAGCUUUGUGCACUUGCCUGCUGGUUAACGGAUUCGUAGGCUUCCAAUUGUACGAAGAUGGUACCGCAUUGUCCGUUUGGUUGAUUCGUGUCCCAUCCGCCAUCAUGUUUGCUAUGACAUUCAUCAUCUCCCUGCUGACCUUUAAGUCAUGGGGUGGCCUGGGGCCCGAGAACACUGUCGGGAUGUUCGUCGUGCUUUACCUCUUGAACGCAAUAAGUCUUACGAUCUAUGUCGUUAUGCAAAUCUUGCUCGUGGUGAAUACCCUGGAUGAACGUUGGCCACUUGGGCACAUUCUCUUUGGUGUGGCGGUCUUCAUCGUCGGCCAAGUUCUCCUCUAUGCAUUCAGUGACCUCAUCUGCAACAAUGUCCAACAUUACUUGGACGGCUUGUUUUUUGCCACUUUCUGUAACUUGCUUGCAGUCAUGAUGGUCUACAAGUUUUGGGAUUCCAUCACUAAAGAAGACCUUGAAUUUUCCGUCGGUGUCAAGCCAAAUACCUGGGAGGUUAAAGAUAUGCCGGAAGAAGACCGACGUCAGACUGUCUAUUACGACACCCAUCCGGAAUACACCAGCAUACCUGGACACCACCGCGCGUCGACUUACAGUCACCAUAAUUACUAG